GCCCGCCCGCCGCCUCCGGGGUGCGUUCUCCCGCGGACCCCGCAGCCGCGGCGCUUCCUCAGCCGCCGCUCCCCGGGGCGCGGGCCCUGGCGGCCCAGCUGACGAGGACGCUCCGCGCGCCCCCCGCGGGCCGCCGCCGCCUGCCGGGCCGGGGGGCCGCCGCCUGCCUCAGCGCGCGGGGCCGGCAUGGAGCUCUUCCAAGCCAAGGACCACUACAUCCUGCAGCAGGGCGAGCGCGCGCUGUGGUGCAGCCGCCGCGAUGGCGGCCUCGAGCUCCGACCCGCUACUGAUCUACUUCUUGCCUGGAAUCCCAUUUGCUUGGGUUUGGUAGAAGGCGUUAUUGGGAAAAUUCAGCUCCAUUCAGAUUUUCCAUGGUGGCUUAUUUUAAUUCGGCAGAAAGCACUGGUGGGCAAACUUCCAGGAGACCAUGAAGUCUGUAAAGUUACCAAAAUUGCUGUGCUGUCACUUUCUGAAAUGGAACCUCAGGAUCUUGAGCUAGAGCUCUGUAAGAAGCAUCAUUUUGGAAUUAACAAACCAGAGAAGAUUAUACCAUCUCCUGAUGACUCAAAGUUUUUACUGAAGACCUUUACGCACAUUAAGUCCAAUGUAUCUGCUCCUAAUAAAAAGAAAGUUAAGGAGAGUAAAGAAAAGGAGAAGUUGGAAAGAAGAUUACUUGAAGAGUUGCUGAAGAUGUUCAUGGACUCGGAAUCCUUUUACUACAGCUUGACCUAUGACUUGACCAACUCAGUGCAGAGGCAAAGCGCUGCGGAGAGGGACCCCCGGCCCCUCUGGCAGAAGGUUGAUGAUCGAUUUUUUUGGAAUAAAUAUAUGAUACAAGAUCUUACUGAGAUUGGUACACCAGAUGUGGACUUCUGGAUUAUUCCCAUUAUCCAAGGUUUUGUGCAGAUUGAAGAACUUGUGGUAAAUUAUAGUGAGUCAUCGGACGAUGAGAAAAGCAGCCCAGAGACCCCGCCCCAGGAGUCCACCUGCGUAGAUGACAUUCACCCACGGUUCCUAGUGGCGCUCAUUUCUCGUCGCAGCCGGCACAGAGCAGGAAUGCGCUAUAAACGAAGAGGGGUGGAUAAAAAUGGAAAUGUUGCAAAUUAUGUGGAGACUGAGCAGCUAAUUCAUGUCCACAAUCACACCUUGUCAUUUAUUCAAACACGAGGCUCUGUGCCUGUCUUUUGGAGCCAGGUUGGCUAUCGAUAUAAUCCAAGACCUCGGCUGGACAAGAGUGAAAAGGAAACCGUUGCCUAUUUCUGUGCCCACUUCGAAGAACAACUGAAAAUUUACAAAAAACAGGUCAUUAUUAACUUGGUAGACCAAGCAGGAAGAGAGAAAAUUAUUGGGGACGCGUACCUGAAGCAGGUGCUGCUCUUUAACAACGCGCACCUCACUUACGUUUCAUUCGACUUCCAUGAGCACUGCCGAGGAAUGAAGUUUGAGAAUGUUCAAACACUAACAGAUGCUAUUUAUGACAUUAUUCUCGACAUGAAGUGGUGUUGGGUCGAUCAAGCUGGGGUAAUAUGUAAACAAGAAGGGAUUUUUCGAGUUAAUUGCAUGGACUGCCUGGACCGCACCAACGUGGUUCAAGCUGCCAUCGCACGAGUGGUCAUGGAGCAGCAGCUGAAAAAAUUAGGUGUGAUGCCCCCAGAGCAGCCACUGCCGGUGAAAUGCAAUCGGAUCUAUCAGAUAAUGUGGGCCAACAAUGGUGACUCCAUCAGCAGGCAGUACGCUGGCACAGCUGCUCUGAAGGGUGACUUUACAAGGACAGGAGAAAGGAAGUUAGCAGGAGUUAUGAAAGAUGGUGUUAACUCCGCAAAUAGGUAUUACCUUAAUCGAUUUAAGGAUGCUUAUAGGCAAGCUGUCAUAGAUUUGAUGCAAGGCAUUCCAGUGACAGAAGAUCUUUAUUCCAUAUUUAACAAAGAGAAAGAGCAUGAAGCUUUGCAUAAGGAAAAUCAGAGAAGUCACCAGGAGCUAAUUAGCCAGCUGCUACAAAGUUACAUGAAGUUACUGCUGCCUGAUAAUGAGAAGUUCCAUGGGGGCUGGGCCCUCAUUGACUGUGACCCCAGCCUCAUUGAUGCCACUCACAGAGAUGUGGAUGUGCUGUUACUGCUUUCUAACUCUGCCUACUACGUUGCCUAUUAUGAUGAUGAAGUUGAUAAAGUAAACCAGUAUCAACGACUAAGUCUAGAAGACCUGGAAAAAAUAGAAAUAGGUCCCGAACCCACUCUUUUUGGUAAGCCCAAGUUCUCCUGCAUGCGGCUGCACUACAGAUACAAAGACGCAGGUGGCUAUUUCCACACACUGAGGGCUGUAAUACGUAAUCCAGAAGAGGAUGGGAAAGAUACCCUUCAGUGCAUUGCAGAGAUGCUGCAGAUCACCAAGCAAGCCAUGGGAUUAGAUGUACCUAUAAUCGAGAAAAAACUCGAGAGGAAGAGCAGUAAGCCUCAUGAAGACAUAAUUGGCAUCAGAUCUCAAAACCAAGGCUCUCUGGCCCAGGGAAAAAAAUUUUUAAUGAGCAAAUUUUCAUCUCUAAAUCAAAAAGUGAAACAGACCAGAUCCAAUGUAAAUAUUGGCAAUUUACGAAGGCUAGGAAACUUUGCAAAACCUGAAAUGAAAGUUAAUUUUCUAAAACCAAACUUAAAAGUAAAUCUUUGGAAAUCAGAUAGCAGUCUUGAAACCAUGGAGAACACAGGUGUGAUGGAUAAUACAGUCCAGGCAGAGUCUGAUGGGGAAAUGUCUUCAGACAAUGACUCCUACCACUCUGAUGAAUUCCUUACAAAUGCCAAGUCUGACGAGGACAGGCAGCUAACUCGUUCUUUGGAGAACGUGGGGCCAAUAGACUAUGUUCUUCCUAGUUGUGGCAUUAUUGCUUCAGCACCUCGGUUAGGCAGAUCCCAGUCUAUUAGCAGCACUGAUGUUAGCAUUCAUGCUCCUACAGAUAUUACUAUUGCUGCUCAUGGAAGUGAGUUUGGAAAAGGCUGUGAGUCUCCUUUAAAAAAAAGUCCUUCUGCUGAUAAUAUACACAUAUUGGCUGGCUUUGCCAAGCCUAUGGAUAUUUACUGCCACCGAUUUGUACAAGAUGCACAAAACAAAAUGACCCAACUGUCGGAAACCAGACUUCUUUCUCAGCAGGCUAGUGAGGAAGGAAAUCAAACCACCAAUCAAGUUUCCAAUGAAGAAACCCAAUCUGAAUCAACGGAACACAUACCUUCUCGACCAUCUCAGUUAGACGUGUGCUUUUCUGCAGCAGGCCAACAGUUUUUGUCUGUCGAACCAGUGCAUUCGGUUGUAUCUCAAAAGACCCCCGGCUCUGGAUCCAGCAUGCUUGAACUGGAGACAGGGCUUCACGUAACUCCUUCUCCUUCAGAGAGCAGCAGCAGAGCGGUCUCUCCCUUCGCAAAGAUCCGGAGCUCCGUGGUCCAGGUCGCUAGUAUCACCCAAGCCGGGCUAACCCAGGGGCUAAGCUUCGCAGUGGCCAAGGUUCAGAAGAGCCCUGCAGAGCCUGACGUGGCUAACGAGGUCCAGCAGAGCGAACUGAGAAGCAUGUUCACACAGUGCCAGACACGGAUAAUUCAGAUUUAGCUUCAGCCACAAUCCUGUGGCUUUCACUUCACCAAAAAGAAGAGGGUUUCACAUAUGAGGCUAUUUCAACCUGCACUGACUCUGAAUUCAGGGAUCAUAAAUUCCGUUUACUGGGAAAGUUUUUAAAAGAAUAUGAACUUGAGCAGAUUUCCAAAUUUGAGAGUCAGGACAACAGAGGUGCAUCAUCCUAGAAUGUGUAGACCUGAGUAGUAAACACUACAGAGCUGUUUGUCUCUUUGAAUGUAAUUCAGGGAUAGAUUACUUUGGGGUAUAAUAACCUGAACCUUUUUUGUGUGUGUGAAGUAAACACAUAAAGGACGGUCAUGGAUACAUUGAGGGGGUUAGCAUUUUUUAAAAUUUAAUUUUUCUCAGUACAUUUCUGUGUAUUAUCUCUGCAAGGUAAAUACAUUUACUUUUUAGUGACUUUAAAAGUGUUACUAAUAUGGAGAAGCAUUUUACUAUAAAAAACUUGGUUUUGUUUUGAUGGCUUAACCAUUCCCUAUGAAGAACUGAGGGUUACUGGCAUAGUUAAGAAAUGUAUGCCCUUUUGAUCUUAAUUUUCCUGCCACUCUGUACACCCCAUAGUCUAGGAGCAUUAAGAUGUCAGUAAUAAAACCUGAGACAUCAGAUCUGAAUACCAGCACCUAUUAAUUUUGGCAUUUUCAGGUAAGUUGGUAAUUGAAAAAGUGUCAUUUUAGUUUUUUGUAGGGAGCAUUCCUUAACAUCUUGUGUAGACUAUUGAAACCGAAGCACAAUUGUGCUAAAAUUGGUUUUAUGACCAUAACCCUGGCCACAUGGGAACUCUUCUAUAAGCCCAUACAUUAAGAAAGUUAUUCCAAACAAAAUCUGGUUUGUCUGGUAUCUUUAGAGCCUUACUCUGUUGACGUGAUUCUCGGCUAAACAUUGUCUGUUGUAACUUUGCUAAGUAUUUCCACUUUUGUUAUUUAUUAGUGGUGUAUUUUUGUGUGUGUGUGAAGUGUCAAAUCGUGUGACUAUUUAAAAAAUAAAAUACCAUUAUAAUUUAAAA